GCGACUAGACUAUAUGUAAUAGAAUGUUAUGUCUGUUCUCUUACCUGUGUUUACAUUUGGAUAUAUUAGUUGUGCAGAUUACAUAUUCCUACAAGUGAUAUAUGAAAUGUUAUAAAGGCCAUACAAACCAGAUCUAGAUUCUAGACUGGAGAUCUAGAUCUAAAUGUAUUCAGAGAUAUAAAAUAAUCGCUCUUGCCAAUGUAAAAGCAUGAUUUAAAUUUGUUGAUUUGACUGUUAGGAAAGAGAUGAAUCAAGAUGGUGCUUCAGAAAAAUCUUGUUAUUGUGACUCUGGUGACACUAACAUAAUUAACAUUAACUCUCUGAAUGGCUUAAACAAGGAUGAAUUUUGUAUUGGCAGUUCUAAUAUCAGCAGUGGGGGAUUAAAAUUAACUAUAUCUUGCUCUAAAAAGAAUUCUGAGGAUGUGCAAGAUUAUUCAAUUGGAGCCAACCUGAACAAUCAAAAUAUAAACAGUGACAUACAACAUUCAAACAUGGAAAAUCAGGUUUCAGAAAUAGAGGUGGCAACAGAUGACUGUACUUCAAAUUUAAAAACAGGCCAAGACAAAGAGCCUGGGGCUUCCAGCAAUGAACCGGUAACAUUUUUAGAGAGAUCCUGUUUUAUGCCUCCAAUGAUAAGCCCUAAAUCAUUAAAGGGUAAUCAUCUUAAAUCAUUACCUGUUGAUAAACAUGAUUCUUCAUUGUUUGUCAGUACACAUAAUGAAAGCAGUGUAUCUGUUAUGAAACCUGGACUAGAUCAUUUGAAGAGCAAUGAAGUGUAUAAGCCAUACAAAAGAUGUAAAAACGAAGGAAGCAUACACAUAUCAUCCUUACAUGAUGUACAUGAUCCUUUAUUCAGAUUGGACGCAUUACCUAAUGUGUCUCCAGACAGUGGAAUAAUUUCAUUAGAUGAAUCUCCUUUUGGGAAUGAAUCUCCUAAUUCUCUUGUUAAUGGUGAAUUUAAUAGUGAAGUUCAGCAUUCUCAGAUGUCAUCCUCAAACUUUACUCAGCUAUUAAAUAAAAAAUUUGACCCAAGUCCAAUAAUUCCAGAAGUUGUUAGAGACAAUAUUAACUUGAACAAUGGUGAUAAAAGAAAAGAACAUUUUGAAAUGCUAGAAAUUGAAACAAACCUUGUUCAAGAGUGUGAUGUCAGUAUAUUAGCUAAACCUGUAAUAAUGGAAAAUGUCAAUGGGGAAAGUAUACCAGAUUCAGCUACAAGUCAGCCAAAUGAACUAAAUGGAAGGAGCAUAAUUGUUUCUUCACCCCAUAAAAUAAGUCAAAUUUCAGGUCGCAAAAAAAGAGGUAGACCCCCUAAGAAAAAGAAAACGUUAUUGUUGAGACACAAGAAAAGUACACUUUAUAGUGGAUUAUAUAAUGGAUUGCUAAACACAGAGAACAAAAAUGUAUUUACUGCAGGCAUUCAAAGAGGCAGCUACAGACACAGUUCUGAACAUUUAGAUGGGAAAUAUUUAUCUGGUUCACUAUGUUCAAAUGCUGAAACUGAUUGUACUAUUGCUAAAACAAAACUUAAAAAAAAUCUUCCAGGUCGACCUAAAGGUUCAUUGUCUAAAAGAACUCUCAGUGCUUCUUUACCUAAUAAAUUACCUUCAAAAAAAAAAGUAGUGUCAAAUCAGAUAUCUCAGUUAGUUAAUUUGUCAGAGAAAGAUUGUAAUAAACGUCCAAGAGGUAGACCUCGUAAAAAUUUAGAGAUUGAAGAAAAGGAUAUAUUUGUAGAUAAGAAAGACCAAAACAACUCAAUUCUUGAAGAUAAUACAAACAAAUCCAAAAAAUCUGUUCGAAAAAAACACUUGCGUAAAAGACUAUUUACUCAAAGGAAAAAGCCAGCAUCUUCAAUUAAAUGUAAAAUCAAUGUUACUGAUCAGAUUGGGCAGAAAAAAAAUAAAAACCAAGACAGUAUUCCUCAAAGAGUUAAUUCAUCUGUUGCCAAGAAGUUAAAACAUGUUGCUCCAUCUGCUACUCCAGAAAAGAAAACAGAUGUCAGUUUAUUGAGGCAUAAACCUCUUAUCAGUCCAGAAAAAACAGUAUUUCAGGACAGUGAUCUCGAUGCUAUUCUAAAAAGUGUCAAGUCAUCUAUAACAAGCCAGUUUGCCAGUGAAGAAAUUAACAGCGAUUUUAUUGGUAACAUAUUAUUUGACAAUCCAUUCAAGGUUCUUGAGCCAACACCUUUUCCAAAGAUGCUUAGGAUUGAGCCACCAAAGGCAAACAAACCAAAGCCAAAAAAGAAUAGGCUGCAUGUGAUGAUGAGGAGAACUAAGCGAAAGAAACGAAAGAAGAUUUCUAUUCCUAAAACAGAUAUAUCAGCAGCACUUCCAGUGCCACAAAAAUUAGAAGUUUUUUCUACUAUGGCACAUUUGAAAAGAAUGGAAAAAUUUACUGUAACACCUCAAAAAAAAUGUAGUAGUUUUGGAUCACCAACAUCUGAAAAACGAUUAUCUUUUUUUACAUCCUGCAGCCAGCCUUCAAAAAUAUUGGCUACAAGUCGCUUGAAUGUUUUUCGUUCAGGAACAGGUGUUGAUGACAUGCAUAGAUCUGGUACAUUAACAGAUUAUGAUCAGUCAGAUUUCUUUGAUAAGAGAAACAAAAAACGACACCGGCUUUUGUAUAGAAAAUCUAAACAUAAAAACAUCAUUGACCCUGUCUUUGCUGCAGAUUUGGACUCAUUAGUUUCUGGACUAAAUGGCAUGGCAAUAUCAGAAAAUCCUGCUGAUAAUUAUAUAAGGGUACGUCCUGGAGAAAUGCCUUUACCUUCAAUAUUUAGAGUAAUAAAAAUAGAUCUCAAUAAAAGUAGAAAGGAUAGACUUCUAUCAUCAGAAACGAUAAAUUCUGACAGAAGUAAGCAAAGGAAAGAAACACCUGUUACACAUGAAAUAUCCCCUGGAAUAAAACCAGCUAUGAAAAGUGGUAGAAAGAAAAGCAUCUCUGAUCAAAAUCAAAUUAAUGAUUUUAGAGAUUUUUCAUUAAUAAGUGAUUCUCAUGAUCAGUGUUUACCACCUAAAAAGCGACACAGGUUGGUAAAUCUAGAAUCUCCUCAGUUUGACUCUUCACCUAGCACUUUUGUAAUUGAAAACCUAUCCCUCAAGAAGGAUUUAAAAGUUCAGAGGAAAUGUAGGAGAUUAAAGAAAUCCCCAUAUCAGGAAGAAAAUAAACUUUGUGAUAAGACAAGUAGAUUAAAUAAGCAGCUAUCUACAAUGGAGCUAACAAUAGAUACUAGUAGCUUUACCACAGGUGGUUCCAGUACCUGUGUCUCACCACUGUCUCCUUGUCCAAGUAGACUUUCCACAAGGAGUUCAACUCAACCUUCUUUGUCAUCACCAUCUCCAACUGGAUCAGCAGGGUAUAGAAAUCGAUACACCUCUUUAAGCAUUUCAUCAUUUACAUGCCCAGUGCAUUCAUCUUUGUCUUGCCAGUCUGAGCGUAGCACUUGCCCAGAAUGUCGGCUACUAGAUCAGUGCAUGUCACCAAACAUUAGUCGCUCUUAUCGUAGUAAUCUCAGGUCAGCUCCAAUCAAUGAAGCCACUUAUUCCUCAAGUCAUUAUGUCAACCGUUCUGAGUCUAGUCCUCCUAUUAAAGAAACCUUUCAUUCUGACAAAGUUAUAGUCAAAAGUGCAAGAAAACGUCGGAAAUCAGCCAACCUUUCAGCAGAUGACUCAGACACUUCACCACCAAGAUUAGAAAAGACUUCAUCUUUGUCUCCAUUAGCUUACAGAGAUUAUAGUUUGUUUUCAGACCCUCCAGAAAUUACCAAUUCUCCGUUUAAAGGCUGUUUAUCACCAUCUAGACAGAACAAUGGAAGGUGUUCCAGUUUAACACUUGAGACAUUGUGCACUAGUCCUUUGUCACCUAAAAAGAAAGUGUGCUCUACUAUGUUUUCACAAAGAAUGUUGCGACAUACAUCUCCUAACAAAGUUUCUCCACAAAAUAAUUUCAAGCAAAAAGCGUGCAAUAAAAGUUAUAGCACAUCUGUGAUUUCUACUUCUUACUCUGAUCAUGACCCUUUACCCUUGGAACAUUGUAAUAAUCAGAUUAUUAUCGAGGAGAUUCAAUUAGCACUUUCUUUCGAAACAGAUGAUGACAAUGCCCCAAAUGAGGAUUCACCAGAUUUAUUUAAAUAUAAUAUUCCUGCUCAACUCCCACGUAAACGAUAUCAAAGAGUUGGAUUAUUUUCAGACUUUUACAAAGACGAUGAGCCAAGAAAACGUUGUGAAAAUAUGGCCAAAUGUCGUGAUAAGCUUUUGUAUAUCAGAGAAGAACAUGAAUAUGGACUAAUGCCACAACCAUUACACAUAGGACAACAUUAUAUGAGACGAGAACAGGAUUUUCAGUUGCCAUUUGACAUAUGGUGGCAGCAUAUCCAAAAUCAGUUACCUAAAAAGCAAGAACAUAAAGUGAAGUUUCGCACAAUUAGAACCAAUGUCUACUCAGAUAGCAAAGUCAAUUCACGUAAACUGGAAAUUCCAUUGUGUAAUUGUGUAGUUCCCUCUUCUGGUGGAAAGGGAUGUCAAGAUGAUUGUCUAAAUAGGAUGAUUUACACAGAAUGUACCUCCUCAUGUACUUUGGGAGAUAAUUGUGAUAAUCAAAAAAUACAAAAACAUGAGUGGGUGCAAGGCUUAGAAAAGUUUACAACUAAAGAUAGAGGAUUUGGUGUUAGGACAAAAAUGUUUAUCAAAAAUGGACAGUUCAUACUGGAAUAUCUAGGAGAAGUUGUCAGUGAAACAGAAUUUCGACGUCGCAUGAUGGAAGAAUAUUCAGAAGAAUGCCAUCAUUAUGCAUUACACCUUGAUUCCGGAAGUGUUAUAGAUGGGUACAGGAUGGGGAAUAUAGGUCGCUAUGUCAAUCACUCUUGUAAGCCUAACUGUGAGAUGCAAAAAUGGAAUGUUAAUGGUUUGUAUCGAAUGGUUUUGUUUGCUUUGCGAGACAUCUUGCCUGGAGAGGAACUAAGUUAUGAUUACAAUUUUGAUCCUUUUAACCAAGAAACUCAACAAGAGUGUCGAUGUGGAAGCUCUGAUUGCAGAGGUGUCAUUGGUGGCAAAACACAACGAAAUAACAACAACUAUUGUAAACCUGAAAAAUUAGAAGAUGGCAAAGACAAGCGUAAAUCUAAAUUGAUGAAUAAAAAAAUUAAAGAAAAGCAGACUUCAGAAAAUAUGCAGGUGCAGUUUCUGGCUAAACCAAUGACUUUUAAAGAGCGUUGCUAUGCAAGAAAACACAGAACUUUCUUAGUGCGAAAUGUAGAUAAAGUUCGCAAUCAGAAACACCCUGGCCAGGAGUUUAUGCCUAUUACCAAAGAAGAAUUAAAUAUCUUGGACAGUACUAAAAUGAGUAGCUAUAAUCCAGAUCUGAUGUUAAUCCAUUUGAAUGAGAGAUCUAUAAAAACCAGGUUAGCAGCAUAUGCCAAAGAUAACCCAGAACUGGCCAGACGUCAUCAGUUAGCACAGAUCUUUGACAAAAUGCUUACAGAAAUUUUGUCUCUUAAAGAUGAAGAUGGCAACAGUUUGGUCACUCAGCUUAUGACAUUGCCUUCACGUAAAAAACAACCACAGUAUUACCAAGUAGUUAGAGACCCUAUAGAUUUAUCAAUGAUCAAGCAAAAGGUUAAAACUGGCUACUAUGACCAUCUAAGUACAUUCAAUUCAGAUCUCAUGCUUUUGUUUAGCAAUGUGGAGCUAUACUGUGGACCAAAGUCAGAUAUGGGACAAAUCAUACUGAAGCUUAGAAGAGUCCUGAACUGUGUAAAAACUGAGGUAGCACCUCAGAUAGAUGAAUUACUAGGUGCGAAAACAACAAAAGCUUUUAUGGAUACUGAACUGGAAAGGUUGGAGCAUCCAUCUUGCAAAGGUCUUGACCAGCCAGAAGAAGAUAUUAUCAGGUGUAUAUGUGGUGUGACAAGAGAUGAAGGCUUAAUGUUGCAGUGUGAAAAAUGCAUGAGAUGGCAACACUGUGAUUGUGUUCGAGCUAAUGGCAAUGAAGAACAUUACCUUUGUGAUCGUUGCGAACCAAGAUAUUAUGAUCCAGAAAUUCUGUUGAUCCCAUCGCCCAUAGAUGCUCUGCCUGAUUGUACUCAUUACAUGACUUUAAUAAAGGAUGAUGUUCAAUACGCUGUUGGAGAUUGUGUAUAUGUUAUGAGAGACUGUAAAAGAACUUCAGCUGGUACACCUUUGCGUGCUUCUCACCGUUUGAUGGCAUCUGUCAAUCCAGAUAAACUUGAUAUCUUCAGACUUGAACAAUUAUGGAAAGAUCCUAAGGGUGAGAAAUUUGCAAGUGGAACUCCAUAUUUGAGACCUCAAGAAACCUUUCAUGAACCAACUAGGAAGUUUUACCCCAAUGAGCUAUUUCGUACACCAAACUUUGAGAUUAUACCUAUGGAUCUUGUCAUGGGUAAAUGCAUCGUCAUGGAUCCCAAUACAUAUUGUAAAGGUCGUCCUAAAGGAUAUAAGGAGCAAGAUAUUUACAUUUGUGAAUACAGAGUUGACAAGACUGCACACUUGUUUCACAAAAUUCAGAAAAUAUGGUAUCCUAUCAAUACAGGCAGAUUUUGUUUUGAUUGGUUCAAAACUAGACUCAACAUCAAAAGAACAUUUUUACCACAUGAAGUACCUGAGGAAUAUAAACGCAAAACUGAGCGCAGUGUUGGUACCAGUAGUGGGAAAUCAGAAAAUGUGAAAGAAGAAGACAAACUUGAAACCAAGAAAGCAUGUAAAACAAAAAUGAGUUGCUUUCAUUCCGGAAAGGUGAAAGUUGAUGAGAGUCUAAAGAAUGAUUUGAAGUUAAAAGCAGAAGUGAAGGUCAAUGUCAAGAAGGGCAGCUUGCACAGGAAAGUCAAUCCAGAAACCAAUGAAGAUAAAAGUGCUUUACUUAAACUUAAGGAGAAGAGGAGAAAAGAGAAACGACAGAGGCUGGAUAAAAUCUUAUUAAAGCUUCUGAACAAUAUACCUGGCAAACAGAAGAUUGAUUUGACAUAUCUCUUAGAUGAAGGGAAAAGAAUAAGGAAGAAAGUAACAAAGUAAAAAAGAGAUUGUAUCUUGUUUAGUUCAUUCUCAAUUCUAAAGUGAUUCAUUUUGUUCUGGUACACAAUUGUACAAGACAUUGUUUAUUGUAAUGAUGAAAGUUAGCUAAGCUUUACCAGUCUUGUGUACCAUUUAUUUACAUUCUUGAUAUUAAUCGAAUGUACUUUGAUUGUAUUUCUUCUAGACUAAACUGUAGAUUAGAUAUACACUUCUCUGUCUGUAGUUUAGUCUAGAAGAAAGAUGUUUAAAAUAAAAAAUAAAUAUAUAUAUAUUUCUACAUGUAUGUAUUAUUUUGGACAUUUAAAAACAACAACCACAAAGUUUUACAAACGUGUAUUUUUAGAUUCAGUUUCCGUGAGUAAAGUCUAUAUUUUAUCCAGCACAUCAAAACUUUUUAUUUUAUUGUAGUCAUUUAUUUUUCUUGACAUUGAUGAAUCAGCAUGAUCAAAGGCAAUUAAUUAUUUGUUCAGUAGACAUAAAAUGUCAUUCAUACCUUGCAUCUGUAUAAGUGGCUAUUUCAAUUAAUUGAUUGAAUCAGUUCUUUAUGAUGUUAUUUUUGGUACUUUACCUUUAAAGGCGUAUUUUGAAACAUUUGAGAGAAUGUGUACUAGGCAGCUAUGAAAUGUUUUGAAGUUGUCAAACAUUUGUACACUUAAUCUUUGAGUUCUAUGAGUUGUCUUAGAAUUUUUUUUUCUAGCAAGAAAACUUGAUUUUUUUUUCAAUAUUAAAAAAUUAUUAUAUAGUCUAGUAUUGCUUAAUUUUUAAACUCUUGUUUGUGUGAAAUACCCUGGCAGUAGUUUUUAAAGCUUUAAAAAAAAAAGGAAGUACAAAAAAUAUGUGUAUCAAGCUUAGUUUAUGUUAGCAUUUGUUUGUCUACAAUUUAUAUGAUCCUGUGUUUUAUUAGCUUAGUAGCUAGGGUUUAUUUUGAUUGUCACUCAUUGUGCAGUUGUGAUAUCUUGAUAUAUAAUAUAGUAUUUAAAAUAAGUGUUGAGAAGUGUGCUUGUCUAAGUGAUUAUUCCAUAUAUAUGUAUCUCUAUAUAUUUAUAGAGUGAAGCACACUAUCAAUAUGAUAAAAAUUUAAUGUAGAUCUACAGUAUUAUUCAAGUUUAGGGUUUGUAUUUAUAAAGACAAUGGAAUCAAUUAAAUCUAAAGGUCUUAUUAUUGCCUUUUAACUCAUCAAAAAGAAAACAUGUGAUUCUAAGAAAAUUAGUCUUCUUUUUUUGUGUCUCUUUUACUCAGAAUUUGAUCAGUACACCUAAUAAGGGAUGUUUCUGAAAUACUUGAAACUUAGGCACUGAUCUGUAUGAGGAGAGAUAGGACUUCAGAUGAAUUUGUAAAUUGUUUUUCCACCAUUAUUAGCAACUAUGAUCAUAUAGCUUGAGAAUAAUUGAUGUAGCAUCCCUGGAAAGAAGUCAUCAUCUCAUCAUCAUCUGUCCUUUGACUUAGUAGUAAGGAUGCUGUGACAUUUUUCGUAACCAAAUCUCUCCUCUUUUUCCAGUCAGCAGCUGUUCUUUGUUGGAUAAUAAGAGAGUGGCGUUUUCUCUCUAAGGACUGAAUUCUUCUCUCAACCACAGCAUCUUGUGUCCAGCUUUCACAACCAUAUUGGAAUAUACAGACCACUAGCAAAGAAUUGUUUUAAUUUUGCUUGGACUAUUUCCACCACAAACUAUCUUGCUUUUUUCAACAGUAAAUUUACAUGUAGAGCUGCAGCAUCCAGUUUUGAAGUAAGAUCUUGUGUCUGGUAUGCAUUUUCUCAAAUGAGACCUAUAUCAUUUAGAAACCUGAUAUUAGAAAAAUGCCACCCAUUUAUGGUCAAUCUAAAAGUAAAACCUUCUAGAGUUUCCAUCAUAAUAUGCUCCAGAAAUAUGUUCAGAAGAAGUGGAGAAAGAAUGCAUCUUUGCCUCAUUCCAAUGGAUAUCCUAAGACUUUCUCCAAUUUGGUGGUUUGGAAGUACUAAGCUAUUCACAUUUUGGUAUAGGACUUUGAUAACAUGGAGAAUGUUUUUAUCUAGGUGGAACUCCCUCAUCACUUGCCAUCAUGGAAGAAGUGCAUAGAUCUAAAAAGAGAUGAAGUAGAGAAAUAAAAAUUAAUAUGAAAAAAAAACAACAACAACAAACCAUGCACAUUUCAGUGUUAGGAUGUAACUCUUUGCAAUUUUUGUUUAUCAAUGGGAAAAAAAAAAAGCAAGAUCUUGCUUCAUUUUUAUUGGAACAGAUCAAGAGUUACUAAAAUAUAUAGAAGCAGAUGUGUUUUUGUAAGAAUAAUUUAUAAGCAAGUGUUCAUUUUGUUUAGAAAGACAUAAUAAACUAUUUACAUUAGUCAAUGCUUGUAUAUGCUUUAUGUGAGCAUGAAAAGUAAAACAAUUGAUUUGAAUUAGAAACAUUCUCUGCUGGUUGAUCAAAAUGUUAGUCCUGUGUCAUUCAUAAUGAUUGUAUUUGUUUUAACUGUAGGUGAGUGAUACUAAUAAUUGUGAAUUUUUUAGAAGCACUAGAGACCUAUCAUCUCUUUAUCUUGUGAGUCCAGUGAGCCGUGUAACUGUUUGCCAUUGGAUUGACACUUUGUACAUUGUUUCUUUCAACAUGUUCAUUUUUGUUUCUUCAUUGUGUUUAUUUCUUGCUGUGAUCACUUGUCAGCCUUUAAGUGGAAGAAAUUCUGACCAAAUACAAGAUUUUUUUUUUUGGUGGAACAAAAAAAAAAGAUUUUUCUUCCCACUCCUGGAUAAUAAAAAAUGAAAUGGUGUUUUACUUUAUUAUUAUUAUUUUUUAAUUAAUAAGUUGGACAUAAUAAUCUAGCUGCCUACUGGUUUUACAAUCAUACUGACUUAUCUGAUGUUUGAUUUUGUACAUUUGCAUUGUACUUUAAGCAAGCUAAAUCGUCUUUGUUAAUUUGUAUAAAUAACUUGAUUAUUUAUCAUCACUUUAUUUAAUGUUGUAUUUUUACAUUUUGUAUAUUUUGUAUUUACAGUUGUAAAUACUAUUUCACAGUACAAAUACUGAUCAAUCCCCUUUCAUUGAGUUACUUCUCUUAAUUAAUGAAACUCAUUGGAGUUCUUGAUACAAUGUCAUUCAUGUGAAUUGAUUAGUCCCAAAGCAAAGUGUGAUUAUAAUUAAUGAUAUGGUUGUAACGAUUCAUGCCAAUCUAGUAACUUACAUUUUUUAAUUUUAUUUAUUCUUUUUUUUUUUUGGUUGGUUGUGUGAUUUCUCUUGCAUUUAUCCAAUCUGUUAGUGUAUCCCCAUUUUCCUAACUGCCUAUGUGGUAUGUUUUCCUAGCUGCCUCCUUUUUAUGUUUUCCUAACUGCCUCAUGCUUGUUAUGUUUGUAGGUUUCAGCAAACAAAAAAACAGUUGUUCACUCUUUCUGAUAGUUGUUGGAAAUGAUGAAUACACUUAAAAGAAGUGUCACAGUAACUGCCAAGAUACUUAUUAUAUUAGACAUUCAUGAGUGUGUGUGGACAUACAUUUCAGUUUUGACCAGCAGAACAUGCUGAUUUUUAAAUGAAAGGAAACAUUUCUUUGAACAAUAUUUACAUAUAAAGGGUGUUCUUUAAAAAAACAGAUUCAUUUCUUUUUAUAUUUGAAUGAACUAUUACAUGUGUUAAUAGACAUCUUUUAAUUUUUAAAAUCAGUUUUCAUGCAUACACAUUUUAUGAUAUAUAUUAUAAAACUUGUAUGAAUGGAUAUAUAUAUAUAUAUAUAUAUAUAUAUAUAUAUAUAUAUAUAUAUAUAUAUAUAUAUAUAUAUAUAUAUAUAUAUAUAUAUAUAUAUAUAUAUAUAUAUAUAUAAUAAUAAUAAUAAUAAUAAUAAUAAAUUGUACACUUGUAAAAUUUGUAAAAUAGUGACUCUUUUAAUGGCUUGAUUAUAGUAAUGCUUAAAUGUGGAAUUAAAAUGUAAUGUUAUUCCCGUUCCAAAGUAUAGAGUUUAGAAAGCCAGCAAUAUUCUUGGUUUCUUAUCUUGUGCUCUAUGGAUGACCUCUCUCAUUUGUUGCCAUUCUGUACAGUCAAUGUUACCCCUCUCCUGUUCUAUGCAAGUAUAACAUAAAAUGAGACUGUUGCUGUUUUCUGUUGAUUUCAGUAGAACUACUUGAGACUUAAUGUAUAGUAGCGUGUGAGACAAAACUAUGUGAUGUGUAGACAUUGUUUACUCUAUUGGUGUUCAUAAUUGUACAAUACUAGUGUAACCAAAAAAAAAAACAAAUCAAUGUAGUAUGUUAUUGUAGCCUUGAAAUCAUUUCUUAUAACAUGAUUGAGUGUGAUUGACGUUAGUUUUUAGUUUUUUACAUUUUCAGUAAAAAUCAAUUUCAUUGUAUGGAACAAAUAUUGCCUUUUUCUUUACUUUUUUUUCUUUUGUUGAACUACAACCACAACAAAUGAGUAUUAUUAGCAAACGUUUUGUUUGUUUGUCUCAUCAUUCAAAUUAGUUCUGUACACAAAAAUUGAUUGUAGUGUGUACAUACAUUAUAAAGGACAUUCAUGGAAACACAUCUCUCAAUUUAUUGUCAGGCUAACUGGUCAUUUAAAAAAAAAGAAUGACCUUGUCCUGGUAUUACAAAUGUACAUUUUUGACUUCAAAAUCCUUUCAAAGUUCUGAUGUUGCUUCAUAUACUAUGUAUGUGUGUUUAUUUAUUAUUAGAUCUAAUCUUGCACUCAUACUCUUUAACAUUUGUAUACAAUUGACCACAUUGCACCAAACAUUGCAUUCAAAAUGGAAUCAGUGGUUCCUGCUUGUAUUAAACAAGUAUUACACAGUAUGGCUUUACACACUCAACUGCCAUUAUUUACUGUAAAUAUUGUCCAAUUGGAUUUGUUGUUGUUAAUAUCUUAUAAUAGUAAUGGGUGAGACAAUUGGCUAAUGAAAACCCAAUAUCAUUUUUUCCCCAUGUUGUUUUGAUCUCUUUAAAAGACAUAAGUGAAUAAAGUUAGGUUUAGGACAACUGUUGUACCAAGUUAUUGUACAAAUCCAUGGCCCAUGAUCAGAACUAAAAUUGAAUCAAUGUUACCUGUGUUAAAAGAUAGUCUUUUUUUUGUGUGUGUUAACAAUCUGAGUUUUGAUUAACUCUUACACCAAAGCAAUUUGUGUUUGUUUCUCUACAUGGGCAUUGAUUUGUUGGAUGCCUGCAUUGGUUUCAACAGAACAAGAAUUGGCUGAGUUUUUAUCUUUCACUUAAGCUGUCAAUCAUUUUGUGAUCUUAUUUCUUUUUCUCUAUUAUUUUAGUCUCUAUAUUUUAUAAAGCAUUGUAUACCUAUAACCAUUUUGUUUUAUUUUCAAUUUGUCUACAAUGAUAUUUUAUUUUGGAUGGUUCUCUUGUUGUGUGAAUACUACACGACAUGUAGUCCUCUGCUACCUAGCAUUACUGUGUAUUGUCCUUCUCACAGUGUUGAUGUCAACCAAUGGAAAUAAACGUAUGACUAGUUGA